AGUUUUGUUUGUUUUGGCAAUGUACCAUUUUAUUAGGGCGGAUGAAGUUAGUAUCAUUUACGUAUGGAUAAAAAAAAAACAGGGUUUCAAACCGUCCAGUUGAUUGCGACAAUAGACCGUUUUGUGUGCAGUCCAACCAUAAACUCCAAAGAAGAAGCAGCCAACUUGGGCGCAUCGCCCUCCUGCGACAAUGUUUGCAAACACAGAAAGGAGUCUUAUCAGUCCGCGCAUGUUCCAAAGACACGCGAGAUCUCGGCGCCAUUUUGAGAAUCAGCGAGAGUUGCGGGAAUAUUUCUAAAUUAGCUUGCUAACUCUGUGUGCGCCGUUCACGAUUGAUUUAGAUAAUAGAUAGCUUGAUAUUUAUACAGCCAUUUCUUAUAUACAGUUACACGGCUUUUCUUCAGUUAGCUAGCUAGGUAAGUAGUAAUCUUCGGAUGUCGGGGGAUAAUAUGUCGGGCGGCGGGAGCGUGGUUCGUGGCCCAGCGGGAAACAACGACUGUCGGAUCUACGUGGGUAACCUGCCGCCUGAUAUUCGCACUAAAGACGUGGAGGACGUGUUCUACAAGUACGGAGCGAUCCGGGAUAUCGACUUGAAGAACCGGAGAGGAGGACCGCCGUUCGCUUUCGUGGAAUUCGAGGACCCCAGGGAUGCUGAUGAUGCGGUGCACGGUCGUGAUGGUUAUGACUACGAUGGUUACCGUCUCCGGGUGGAGUUCCCCCGUAGUGGUCGUGGUGGGGGGAGAGGGGGGAUGGGCGGUGGAAGGGGCGGUGGUGACGGUGGAGGACCCAGAGGAAGAUAUGGACCUCCAUCACGACGCUCUGAGUACCGGGUCAUCGUCUCCGGUCUCCCCUCUAGUGGUAGCUGGCAGGACCUAAAGGACCACAUGCGCGAGGCAGGUGAUGUAUGUUAUGCUGACGUGUUCCGGGACGGUACCGGCGUGGUGGAGUUCGUACGCAAGGAGGACAUGACCUACGCUGUCCGCAAGCUGGACAACACCAAGUUCCGCUCCCACGAGGGAGAGACUGCCUACGUGCGUGUGAAGGUGGAUGGACCUCGCAGCCCCAGUUACGGACGCUCCCGCUCUCGGAGCCGUAGCAACGGGCGUAGCAACAGCCGCUCACGCAGCUUCUCACCGCCGCGACGCAGCCGGGCCUCUCCACGCUACUCGCCACGACACUCACGCUCCCGCUCCCGCACCUAGAUACACACACCUCCAGGAACCCCAGCCCAGGGAGAGGGAUGUGAGAUCAUCAGACCAGGAGACUCAAGACAGACGCCCUCCGGUGGAUCUUCUAAUGCGUUACAUCAUUCUACCGUUCUGCUGUUCCUCUUGCCUUGCCUUCCUCUUCUUGUUCUUCUACCCCUCCCUCUGUUCUUUCAUCCCCUUGUUUUUGGUCUAGUUUGCCACAGAUGUUAUUAUAUUUUUGUUUUAUUCAUGAUCUCUGUUCUCUUUUGUAUCUGCCCCCCUCCUCCAUCUGCCUCCUGUCUCUUUACAGUCCUGCACUCCCAUCUCCUUGUCCCCCUCCUAUCUCUUCUCUCUCUCCCGCUCCCCACUCUCUUUGUCUUGGUGUUAUGGCUGCUGGGGGGGAAGGGAAGGUGUCAUGCUGUAUGGAGGGAUGGGGUGGAAAUGGGAAAGAGGGAGGUUUUUUCUUUUGUGUUGAUGGAGGGAUGGUUUGAUUUGUGUUCUGAUAGGCUUUUGGGAUACAGGAACAGAGUCUGAAUUGGCUCGGAAACAGGAAACCGUUUAUAUUAGCAUUAACAGGAGGAUGAGGAGUCAAAUAACCAGCCAAUGCUAUGACGACAGUCUUUCACCCAAAUAGCUUUCCGACCUGUUUAUUUUUAUGAUCCAGUUAUAACUGUUAAUAAAUGUUUUAAAACGGCAGCCUGUACUUUACUGUAAACUCAAUACACAAGUUUAGCUUUUGCCCUUCCCUCUCCUUCCUUGGGUCCCUUCCUCUCUCUCCUCUCCUUCCUUGGGUCCCUUCCUCUCUCUCCUCUCCUUCCUUGGGUCCCUUCCUCUCUCUCCUCUCCUUCCUUGGGUCCUCUCCUUCCUUGGGUCCUCUCCUUCCUUGGGUCCUCUCCUUCCUUGGGUCUCCUCCUCUCCUUCCUUGGGUCUCCUCCUCUCCUUCCUUGGGUCCCCUCCUCUCCUUCCUUGGGUCUCCUCUCCUUCCUUGGGUCCCCUCCUCUCUCUCCUCUCCUUCCUUUGGUCCCCUCCUCUCUCUCCUCUCCUUCCUUUGGUCCCCUCCUCUCUCUCCUCUCCUUCCUUUGGUCCCCUCCUCUCUCUCCUCUCCUUCCUUUGGUCCCCUCCUCUCUCUCCUCUCCUUCCUUUGGUCCCCUCCUCUCUCUCUCCUUCCUUUGGUCCCCUCCUCUCUCUCCUCUCCUUCCUUUGGUCCCCUCCUCUCUCUCCUCUCCUUCCUUUGGUCCCCUCCUCUCUCUCCUCUCCUUCCUUUGGUCCCCUCCUCUCUCUCCUCUCCUUCCUUUGGUCCCCUCCUCUCUCUCCUCUCCUUCCUUGGGCUCUCUCUCCUCUCCUUCCUUGGCCCCCCCCUCUCUCUCCUCUCCUUCCUUGGCCCCCCCCUCUUUCUCCUUCCUUGGUUCCCCCCCCCCCUCUCCUUCCUUGGGUCCCCCCCUCCUUCCUUCCUUGGGUCCCUCUCUCAUCUCCUUCCUUCCUUGCCCCCCCAUCUCUCUCCUCCUUCCUUGGGUCCCCCCCCCUCUCUCCUUCCUUGGGUCCACCCCUCUCUCUCCUUCCUUGGGUCCACCCCUCUCUCUCCUUCCUUAUUUCCUCUCCUUCCUCUGGUUUUCUAUACACUUGCUUGUCAGAGCAUAGCAUGCCUCCUUUUCAUCCACACUGGUGACAGUUUUGUAUAAUUUUUUUAAAAUAUAUAUAUAUAUAUAUAUAUAUACUAAAUAUUUACUAUAAAAUAGUGUCUAAUGGCAUCAUUGAUUGGUUGGUUGUAUUUUCUCUAGUCUUGGUUCAGAGUCAGAUAACUUGUUUUUAAAAUCAGGCUUUUUUUUUUUAAGUCUUUUUUCAUAGCUGACAGUCUGUUUAUAGUGUGGCGUUUGCUGUAUCAGGCGGAGUGAUUCUAACCUGUUACUCCUUCCCUCUCUGUUGGUUUUGGGAUCUGUCUCAAGGAGGGCUGUGAUUGGAGGAGGGCUCUCUGUCUCCCCAUCCCGGAGCCAAUCAGACCAUCAGGAUCAGAGCAGGAUUCAGGAUUAGGAUUAAUGAUGGAGAGAAAGGAAACCCGGAUCGGGACCCCGGCCCCAGUCCACUGGAACCUAUAAACUAGACCUUACUCAAUUGGCUCUAAAACACACUAAAUUCAGUUUUUAGUAUUUUUUUCCCACGUGGAACCUCCAGCACCCGUCUGGGAUCCAGUAGUUUUUUGGGUUUAAAAGAGGAGCUCAAAGCUGGGAGCAAAACCAGGAGUCUCAGGAUGGAGGCGCGCGCGUAAGGAGAGCGGUAACUAGAGGAGUCUGGGAGGAGGGAUCGAGGUGGCCGGGGGGUUGGGGGUGGUAUGGGAGGAGGGAUCGAUGUGGUGGAGGGGGUUGAGGGAGGGUCUGGGAGAAGGGAUCAAUGUGGAGGGGGUUGAGGGAGGGUCUGGGAGAAGGGAUCAAUGUGGGGGGGAUUGAGGGAGGGUCAUGUUUUUUAAGGUUUCCUCAGUAAGUUAUGAGGAUGAUGGGAUUGUUUCUCCAGUUGGUCACUUUUAAUGUUUCAGCUCUUUCAAUAAAGUCUGCCUUCUACAGUAGCAA